CUGGGAGCCGGUGGAAACAGCGAUGCUGGUUUAACUUUGAUGUCCUUGUGGAGCCGAACUUUAGUCAAUGUGGAUAACAAUCACUGUCUGUACGCAACACGUUUAAAGGAUUUAAAUUGUGUUCACUUCAUGGCCAAACACAAUCCAGCGGGUUUCCUGAUUUUCGAAGCGCCGGUGGACACUCAUUUCGGGGCGGAGGUGCCUCCCCUUUCCCUGCCUCUGUGAACCUGGAAGAGUAACGCCGCCCUGUGAUAAGAAUCCAACAUGACAGGGGUUUGCGGUUGUUGCGGGGCACUCAGGCCUCGGUACAAGAGACUGGUAGACAACAUCUUCCCAGAAGACCCAGAGGAUGGGCUGGUGAAGGCCAACAUGGAGAAGCUGACAUUCUACGCCCUGUCAGCUCCAGAGAAGCUGGACCGUAUCGGAGCGUACCUGUCUGAGAGGUUGUCAAGAGAUGUGGCUCGACACAGAUACGGGUAUGUGUGUAUAGCGAUGGAGGCCCUGGACCAGCUGCUGAUGGCCUGCCACUGCCAGAGCAUCAACCUGUUUGUGGAGAGUUUCCUGAAGAUGGUGCGGAAGCUGCUGGAGUCCGACAAACCCAGCCUGCAGAUCCUGGGAACCAACUCGUUCGUGAAGUUUGCCAACAUAGAGGAGGAUACGCCAUCGUACCAUCGCAGUUAUGACUUCUUUGUGUCACGCUUCAGUGAGAUGUGCCACUCCAGCUACGAGGACCCUGACAUCCGUACAAAGAUCAGGAUGGCAGGCAUCAAGGGUCUGCAGGGUGUGGUGAGGAAGACUGUGAACGAUGAGCUUCAGGCAAAUAUCUGGGACCCUCAGCACAUGGACAAGAUUGUCCCCUCUCUGCUUUUCAACCUGCAGAGUGGAGAGCGUACAGAGAGCCGCUCCCCCUCUCCGCUGCAGGCGUCGGAAAAGGAGAAGGAGAGCCCGGUGGAGCUGACGGAGCGCUGCUUCAGGGAGCUGCUGGGACGAGCCGCCUAUGGCAACAUCAAGAAUGCCGUCACACCCGUGCUAAUGCACUUAGAUAACCAUUCUCUAUGGGAGGGGAAGACCUUUGCAGUGCGUUGCUUCAAAAUUAUCAUGUACUCCAUCCAGUCCCAGCACUCUCAUUUAGUGAUCCAGCAGCUUCUCGGCCAUUUGGAUGCUAACAGCAAGAAUUCAGCCACAGUGCGAGCUGGGAUAGUGGAAGUUUUACUGGAGGCAGCAGCCAUCGCAGCCAGCGGCUCAGUAGGCCCAACAGUGUUGGAGGUAUUCAACACCCUGCUGCGGCAGCUCCGCUUGAGUGUGGACUACGAGUUGACCGGCUCCUACGACGGCAGCACCAACAUCGGCACCAAGAUUAUCAAAGCUCACGAGGAGAGGCAGCUGCAGGAGGCAGUCAUCAGAACUAUCGGUUCAUUUGCCAACACUUUACCAACCUACCAGAGGUCAGAGGUCAUGCUCUUCAUCAUGGGCAAGAUCCCUGUCCCUGGAAUUCACCCUGCGCUGCCCUCCACAGGCUCCGGGCCUGAGGGUACCAGGAUGAUUCAGGUUAUGUUACUCAAGUCCUUGGUUCAGGUGACAGCGGGUUUCCAGACGACCAACAUGCUGACAGCACUGCCCAGCUCUUUCCUGGAGCCGCUGCUGUCUUUCUCUCUAACCGAAGACCCAGAGGUUCGGCUGCUGGUGCUCCAAAUCCUUCUCAGUCUCAUUGACAGACACGACAACAGGCCCAAGUUCUCCACCAUAAGCAUUAUUACGGACAUCUCAGUGCUGAAGCUCAAAGUUGACAAGUGCUCCAGACAGGACAACUUAUUCAUGAAAAAGCACGGUCAGCAGCUGUAUCGACACAUCUACAUGGGCUGUAAGGAGCCUAGCAGCGGUCAGCAGCACUUUGAGACCCUCUUCGCCUUGUUGGGUCUACUCAGCGUGGAGUUGGCCAAUGAAGAAGUGGUGGUGGACCUCAUUCGCCUGGCACUCGCCUUGCAGGACCUGGCUCUGUCCACUGACGAGGGUCUGCCUGUUUUUAACCGUUGUGCUGUUCACGCCCUGGCCGCCGCCUACCUCAACCUCAUCUGCCAGCUCACCACCGUUCCAGCCUUCUGCCAGCACAUACAUGAGGUAAUCGAGGUGAGACAGAAAGAAAGUCCCUACCUAUUGCCUGAGGCUGUCUUCGUUGAACAUCCGAAACUCCCAUCUUCGCUUGAGAAGGUAGAAGGUGAUGUGUUGUUCCUCCAGUCAAAGAUCACCGAGGUCCUUGGAGGUAGUGGUUACAACACAGACAGACUGGCUACGCCUUACGUUCCUCAGUUUACUGAUGAAGACCGUCUGUCCAAGAGAAAGAGCAUCGGCGAAACCAUCUCACUGCAGGUUGAGGUGGAGUCCCGAAACAGUCCAGAGAAAGAGGAGAGGACACCAGCAGAGGAGAUCACAUUUGAGACUCUGAAGAAUGCCAUCGUGGACAGUGUGGGUAUGGAGGAGCAGGAGAGGGAGCGGAGGAGGCUAGUGGUGGAGAAGUUCCAGAAAGCCCCGUUUGAGGAGAUAGCUGCACACUGUGGAGCCAGGGCCACAAUGCUGCAGAGCAAACUGAAUCAGAUCUUUGAGAUUACAAUCAGACCUCCGCCUAGCCCAUCUGGAACCAUCUCUUCAGGCUAUGGCCAAAGCCAGAGUCGAUCUGUACCCAUCUACGAGAUGAAGUUUCCUGACCUCUGUGUGUACUAGACAACAAGGAUAAAGAACUGAUUGAACAGUUGAGGUCAUGGGGAGGAGUUCAGAGAUGCAAAUUGAUCCUCACUGUAAAAGGCAACUUGACCGUGGAAUCAAACAACCCCAGAGGAUGGAAGAGAGGAGAGACCACAGUUGUUUGAAGCCAAACUAAAGAACAAGCCACUUUUUGAUUAACGUUUUGCCCUGCAGCCAAAACAAGCUUGCUAAUGUCACUAAAUGCAGCCGUAACAUAAACUUUAAUUUGCUUUGGUUAUCUUAGAUGUCUGUAGGAACUCCACUGGUUGGAUUUUUAAGUUAAACUGAAAAUUAUUUUAUUUGCUUUAAAAUGAUUUCUUAUCUGAAUUAACCUGCUGCAUGCCCUCUAUCUGGAAAAUUCAAAAGCACUGAAAUUCUUGACAAUGGCAUUUCUUUUACCGGGUGCCAUGCUACCCAUGAUCACAAAAACAGAUUUUACAACAUUUUGUUUCAUUUGUUUAAAUUUUUUUUUUUAAUUUUAAAGUCAAGAAAGAAAACGUAUGUGAAUUAUAUUUUUGGGCGACUAUGUACUAGUAUGGCAUGUCUGAGUGAAAUAUGGAUAGUUACAUACAAAUGGGAAGCUAUUCCUUCUUCUCCAGUAACACUCAGCUCCUUAACUUCUGUCUCCAGUGUUUAAGGCUUUACUGUUUUGUUUUGCCUUUUAUAGAUUUAGCCAAAAGUGCUUUUUUUUUCUUUCAUGAUGGGCAAUUAUUUCCUGAAUCUAAUUUAACAUAUAUUUAUUUAGUUUUUUAGCUGUGGUUUAAAAGAAGGAUAACUGUUGAUCUGCGUGCUAUCUUCCCCAAUGUGAGUGUGCCUUAUAGGUGACUCAAGUUAAAACAGACAGUGUCACUCAGUCUGAAACACAUACUGCGCCACAGCUUCUGAAGAUCUGAAGUGUUUACCGCAAUGUCUACCAGAUCAAACGCUAGAAAAACAGUAAAGGAUUCUUUAUUUUUCUCCUUCCCAUAUAAAUGUGUAUAUACAGAGAAAUAUAUAAAUCUUUAAACCGAUGUACAGAGUAGGGAGGUUUUUGUGCGUGUGUGUAUAUAUACUGUAUAUUAAUUCAAAUUUUAGACUGCCACUUAACUGAUUGUGUCCAUAGACAAGAGAGAAAGCUACUUAGUUAGUAUUCAAAUGCUAUUCUAAUAAAUAACCAGCAGCACAUGAAAUCAAAAUGUGUAUUGACAACAGCCCUGAGUAGAAAUCUGCAUUAUCUCGAGGCCAGUGGAACAUACUAGUGACGUCUGAAAGUGUCAUGCUAAAAUAUUAAUGAGCCCUUUUGAUGAAGUUAUUUUUUACUUCAUUUCUAGCCACAAUUUUUGACAUAAAACCUGUGUUGUUGCCAUUACAUCCCGAGUCGUGCUGGAAUGAGUUUGCACUCUUGUCUUUUACGCCAGGCAGCGGCCUCCAAGCAGCACGUCUGUCUCCUUUCAGUAAGAUUUGAAUACUUCUAAAAGCCAUUUUGUGUGUGUGUGCGCACAAACACACACUCCCACACUCACAGGUAUCAAAACAAAGUAUAAUGGCAAUAAUUUGGCACUAGCCUGCCCAAACACGGCUCAACUGUAGGUAGCAGAUCCUUUUGUGUGUGUCUUUGAAUUGUACCCUCUGUCAUGGUGCCGUGAUGGUUCAGUUUUGUGACGUUGUGAGAGACCGCCUCUCCCGCUCCUGCGCUUCUGUGAAUUAACUGCAUCGGACGUGGCAUGUGUCGCAGCCAUUGAUGGUGUCUGGUUUGUCCCUGAGUGUCAUGUGUUACAGUCCAGUUUGCUCCAUUUGUUUUAAUUUUUUUACGAUGUAUUGUCCUCUGUAUGUAGAUUUAUGUCCACACGUCAGUGUAUCAGAUUGUCUGUCUGUGUGCAUGUAUGCACUGUUUACCCUUUUCGUUGAUGCAGGUUUGCGUGCCUAUGAGUGAAUGUGCAUUUUUGUUCAUGUGUCAGUAUGAACAUUUAUGCAGAUGUGUGUCUUUAUUGUCAUUACCCAAGACCAAACUCAUCACAUGCAGUUUACAGCUUUGUCCAGUGACACCUUCUUCCACGUUAAUGAAGAACAAGCUAUCUAAAAGAGCAAUGUGCAGAUGUCUAAACCUUCCAGUGACACCUACAGUAUGUAAUGCCACAGUUGUAAAAUUGUCUUUUAGCAUCUCGCAACUUUCGCAGUGAAAAAAAACAACAACCUGUAAAUCUAUCAGUCUGCUUGUCGUCAUUGCAUAGUGUAAUGUUAAUAUUAACUGACAGUAAUCCAAUAUUACUUUUGUCAUUACAUGUCUGGUUAAUAGAUCUGUUUACAAAUGUAGUGCUGUAGGUCAAAUCUAUUCAUUCUGUGAACUUUGCACUUUAAAAACUGGAUUACCUAGUGACAAAGGCAGCUUUUACUUGGAGAAAUGCCUUAUUAGUGUCAUACCUGACUUUGCAUGCUAGUGAUGUUGCUGUGUUGUAUA